GGCGAACCAUUCCAUUCUUUCUGCUCUGUAAUGCACUUACAAUGGCCAUCCUCUCCGCCACGUGAUUAUUUAAACUAAUCAAUCAAUGCAACCAAUAGGUGCUCUUCACCUGAAUGCGUGCAGCAUCAUCUCCUAUCGCUUGGUUUUUGUCAACUGCUCUCUCAUGAGUGGCUAUGCCCAUGCCUGUUUAGCCGGAUUCCGGGGUUAUCAUUCUUCCUCUGCCACAUCAUCCACAUCCCGUGAUUCACCGGUUAAAAGUCACCAUGAGCCACUACUCAAGGUUUCGCACAUGCACUUUCUCAGCACCACGGGAAGCUCCAAUUCGUCUAGCUCAAAGCAUUCUGGCAGGAGUACUGUCGAUGUAGUGCCUUCGUCUUCCCCGGAUCGAUUAAGAUGCACUUCCUCGUUUAAUCAGUACCCACAGCACAGAUGCAUUGAUCCCAUAAAUUGCACUCAGACGUCCCGUAGGCAGUACCGUCUGCUCAGGAGCACCUAUGUGUUAUCCUGCCUCCCACCGUUUAUACAUUCGGAGCAAGUUUCCGACCGUGAACUACUAACCCGACGUCUGGACACUUAUUUCUAUCGGUAUCCACAUCAAGAAUAUGGUUCGAACGCAAAUGCCUUUUCAGACUCCAGAUUAAUCCGGCCAUCUGAAUUGGGAUCUGAAGUCACUGUUUCAGAGAACAGCACAAAAGCGAAAACAGCCUUUCGGUGUUCAAAGACCAACUCCAGUUACAGUAGUGGUGUGCUGAUGGAAACGAUCUCUUCCAGGCGGUUGUCCUCUACAUCACUACCCUCGUUACUACACGCUGAUUCUUCAGUGACUGUGGAGUCAUGUGCUGAACCAUUGCGUCCUUUCUGCUCUGUAAUGGAUUUGCCUCAUUCCCACCAUAUGCCUUGUCGUACACCCUGUACUUUCACCGUAAACACAUACUUGUUACCAUCCGCUACCACUGGUAUGGUCACAAAUUUACCAUUGGAUGCUAUAUCUGCAUCUUGCCAAACCUCUCUGUUUGAAGAAAUCGAUGAGCUCUCUGUGUUGCCUGUUCAACCAGUCGGGCCAUUUUUACAUCCACCAACAUAUUCCGAUCUCGUGGCGUCGCGUGAUAGCACCCAUUCGUUGACCGGAUUGACCUGCACGUCUUCCCGCUCUAUAAAUUGCUCCCCAGAUCGUGUGUCACCCACUAACGCACCAGAGUCACCAUAUAUCUACCUGGAUGAGUCUCUUCACACUGAUUUGCUCCGUGCCCCAGGUGGUUCUGCCUCUUCGGUAACCGAAUCACUCGAACACGCUUUUCCUCUUUGUGAUAGUAUACCUCCCAAGAGAAAUCAACUCUUUACUUCGCUCCUCACGUCACAUUCACCUGCUACUCCCACUCUGACUUUACCUUACCCGCCUAGCGCCGAUUCAUUUUCUACCGUUCACUCUCACGAAGCUCCUGACUGGCCUCCCGCUCCGUCGGAUGUAUCGAGCGAUCAUGCCAUUGCAGACGUUACUGCUCAUUCACAUAUCAAGGACAACAAUCAAUUUCGUGUUUGUCGAAACGUCGUUAAUGUUUUGAUCACACCUUGCGCCUCCUGGUUUUCUUCGUCUCCAACUCAAGUCUCUCCGCCCACUGAAGUACUCCUCGAGUAUUCUCCAUUGGUCAUCAAAGAUGAAGAGAUGUUGUCGAGUGUGUAUAGGUCAAAACCCACUAUCGGUUCUUCUGCUAAUGAUAACAAUUUAUAUCCUCGAAAUGUCGUUUCAUCUGCGUCGCAUAGCCAUCAAACUUUCGAUACACCUGAAUCGGUAGAUACUUCAUCUGUUCACCUUCGUACUUCAUCAACGAAAGCGAUUCAUUUGCGGGGCGUCCUGAACAGUGGAGAUGGUCCAGACUGUUGUCCAUUGGUUGAAACCGACCCCACUAAUCACCCUGUCAUUCUUAACACACCCACUGUGGAUUCAACGAGGCUUUCUCCCGGGCUGUUGCCUCCACAGAGGCGAAAGGUAAUCUGUUCUCCCAUCUUUGCUCAACGAUCAUCCGGGUCCCUAAGAAAUCGUUCUCGUACCCCUCGGCAACCAGCCCCCACAUCUUCUGAAGUAUACGCCUCGAUACAAUCGAAAUUUUUGAUUACAAGCUCACCUCAGCUCCAUAAAAUUCAUUCAGGCUCUUUGGAUUGCGUCUCAUCGAGACGGUCUCCUCCUCAGUCAACAAUUCUCUCCAGAUUAGGACAUUCUGGGGAUGGUGAACCACCCACAGUCUCUCAUUUAUUUUCGGUCCCAGACAUUAUUGGCUUGAGGAAUUCAGUCUCCAAUGUAGGUAGUCCCCAACCCCCCACACAGCAUAAGGGCUUAUGUGGAACCCAAGGCCGACCCACUGACCGCCGCCUGUAUCGAAUUCUUCAGCGAUACCCAGGCUCCCGUGCCGAUAUGCUGUCCGAAACCCAGCAUGUGCAUGGUACGGAUCUGGCUUUUGUAGUGUUGAGCACCACCUCGUGGCAUCAUAUGUUGUGCUUGGUUCGCGACGUGGAUCGAUGUUUUCCCCAUUGGCAUCUCGCACGCCAGUUGCACCGAAGAACUGCGUAGGAACAAUUUUUCAACGCGUUUUUAACGCAACUUCCACUUGUGUCGCGCUGUAUCUGACAACCAUACUACUGGCUUGCGCUUCAUCAAUGAGAAUGAUAUCUUUCGCC